GGGCAAUACACUAACACCAGCUGCUCUGCUACAUGUACCAAAGUGUGAAUGCUAAAGCUAAAGAAGCUAACUUGAGCCUGUUGGGCUGCUGUGUGCUGGGGCUGGUGAGAGCUGCUCCUGGAGGUUACACUCCCAAGCCCACAGGCUGUGAUGCGGCGGGGAGACCAGGCUCCGAGGGCGUUCCAGGCUCCGGUGGACGUCCACGCCAGUGCAGAUGGACAGGUGUACAUGUUCAAGAGAAGGAGCGCCGAGUCAGCUCUGUGUUCUGAGGAGGAGGAGAUGAGUUCCCUGGAGCUCCGGUCGUACCAUUCGCACCCAAACCACAGCACUACGCAGGUUCUGGAGAGGGAGCUGCAACCCGGAGACAACCUCAACAAGCUGGCCCUGCAGUACGGCUGUCAGGUAGCUGACAUUAAGCGACUGAAUAACCUCAUACAGGAACAAGACCUGUUCGCCUUAAAGACGAUCAAGAUCCCGGUACAGAAGCACAGUUUUCUCACUGAGGUUCACCCCACUCAGGAUGCCCCCCCAUCCUCACCUGAUGCCCUCCCACCCUCACCUGAGGAGGACUCCCCCACAGCACCCACACAUGUCCGGGAGGUCGCGCACUUCCUCAUGGAGUUGGACAAUGACAUGGAGAGGCUGAUCCAGAGCACGGAGCAAGACGAUGAUGAGCUGCUGGAGGUCCGGGACAAGCGGGAUCGCAGGAGUCACAGGAAACAGGGGGGUAAGGGGGUCAAAGGUCAUGGCGCAGACUGGGGCAUCAACUGGUGGAAUGCCGUGAUUGCCAUGCUGCUCGUAGGCAUUGUACUACCACUCUUCUACAUCAUCUACUUUAAAACCAGGCCCUUGGUUCACACUCUCACUAACAGCACGGCGCCAGUGGGGGGGACUCAGGGGCCGGUCCAGGAGCCAGGCUAAAGCAUCAUCACUGUAUGAGAGAGGGCCCCCAAAUGUGAAUUCAUGAGGGGAGAGUCAAGUGCCAUUAUUAUCUUGGAACUCUCCAUGUCCAUAUUUAAUUAAUCUGUGAGCAUAUCAGGAGAAACAGUGUAAGUACUAUUGUAUCGAUUUAUGUCCGCCUGUGCCCUGUGUCACUGAGUUGCAUUAGAAUUUUAAUACAGAGGAUUCGGGAGGUUUUCAGACCCUGAUCAAAACGUCAAGUACAAUUUUACAACAUGCUGUGGGCCAACAUCAACCAGCAAAUGUUAUUACAUCAGUUUAUCCCAAAGUGGGAUAUUGACUGAACUGAUAUCUUGGAACAGAUAUCCAAUCUAUCAUGUUCUAUCUAUGUUCAAUAUUUUUCAGGAUUUUGAAAUUUUCCUGUAUUUAAUGUUCUAUGUUUGAGCAAUCACUGUAAAAUUAUAAGAAUAAUAUAAUUUUAUAAUAUAAUGUAAUAUAAUAUAACAUAAUAUAAUAUAAUUUGAUUUAGCAACAGGCUAUCAUAAUAAAAUACAAUCUCUCUAAACACUUCCUCUAUCCACUGUAGAUUAUGUAAGAUUAUGACAAUAAAAUUACUCAGGGAUUAUUCAGGCCAUGCUACUGCGCUGUUAACAUGCCGAAUAUGGCAAAUGUUUGCCUUAUAUGUAAAACUCAUUUUUACAAAUGCUAUAUUCUGGUAAUAUUACCUGACAAUGCUAUUUAUUUCAGUAACACUUGUGCACUGAAUAUAAUAUAAUAAUAUAAUAAUAAUAUCUGUUAUCAUAUAUUUUUUUUUUUUUUUUUUUAAUGAAACAACAUACACAAAAAAGCAGAAACAUUGCCUGGUAAUUGCAAUCUGGUCACCUCUCCCUCCACUGCGUCUCAAACCAGAACCAAACGAGGUUGUCCAAUCAGAUUUCAGUGACGCAUGUGAAGGAGCUCAUUGGUCGCCCGUCAUUUUGAACAAAAUCACAUUUCUCUCACCUCAGAUUAACAGAGUUAAAAGCUUUGCUGAUUGAUUCUGUAGAAAUAUUUUUUGACUUUGGUAUUUUUCUCAUAAGCAGCCAUAUUUGAUUUGAUGUGGACAGACCAUGCCUGUCCCUGAUUGGCUAAUCCACCUGUCAGUCACUUGGGGAGGUUCCAGACUCACUGGUUUUCUUUAUGUACUGGAGAAGUGUGGACUUUAGAUCCCAGGCAGCAAAGACCUAUUUAUCUCACUGCCUUUCUGCAGCACUAAUGUGUUUUUGAUUCAGUAGAAUCUACAGGCAAAUGCCACAGUGACUCCUAAAACUAGUGACAGCACCACUGCUACUACACAAUUACAUUCAUCACCAUUCAGUGAUAGUACAUGCUCAUAUCUCAGUCAGUAUUCGUGUGUAUGUGUUCUCUGGGCUAGUUACAAUCUGCAUUAUUUGUGUGUUUAUUUCAUAGACUGUAUAAAAAUGGGCAUGGCUACCCCGCUCGUUUCAAAUAGGACGUGAGCAAGAGCUUGAACUGGUACCUUCGAACUCUGGCUCCAAUUGACUUCUGCUGAAAAAUGGUGGCUCAUCUCUCUGUAACUGCUGCUGUCAGGCUCAUCAUUCUGACCUUAACAUGUUAAUUUUACCUCUGUCUACCUGAUUUUUCUUUAGCUGUUUUGCAAAAUCAAGUUAUGGGCAUUAAUAACAGACCAACGGGGUGCCUUCUUUCCCCAAGGUCGCUCUCACUAGCAUUAGCAAGAGGUUUGAUUGACAGCAUUGUUAUGGGAAGGGGCAUUACCUUCAGCACCCUCACUCCUGACUGACUCUUUGGUUGCUAUGAUACUUGCACUCAGAUUUCCAGAUAUAUGGGUCUUGGCUCCAGAUUAUCUGCUAUGACUAGCCUAGAUAGGCUACAUUUGUUUGCAUCUGAACACUAUAGGUGACAUCACACUUAGUCCACUUCUGUAUAGUCUAUGGUUGAUUUAUUUAGUUUAUUUAUUGUUUGUGUUGUUGGUUCUAGCUCCUGCCUUUCUCGAGCCAAAGUGACAGUGUUUACAAAGAGGAAAUCUGCAAUAAGAUGAUAAUGCACCAGCUGUAUAGUGCCUUAAACAUAGUGAGAUUUCAGUAUCAGCCUCUAAAGUGAGUCUUGCACAGUGUGCCGUAUUAUGUCCGGAUUAAAUGUGUGACGUGUGAAGCACCUUGAAGGUUUUCAAAUCAGUGCAAACAAUGUGAAGUAACAUAUUGCUGAAGUGUAAUAAACAUUUGAA